AUGACAGUGUCACAUAUUCACUUUAAAGAUUCGAAAAGAAGCGGCAGCAGACAGUGUCAUUUCAUGGUGCGUGUACGAAACCACGCUAAAAUGGUAGACUGUUACGUUACGGUAUACUACAGUCACAAGUCUGUCUUUGGCAACCGCAUGCAAGUUGCACAAGAAAUCGUAGUACAUCCUCAAAACUACCACAUAUACGAAGGUCCUAUCAACAAUCCUGAUGUUUACAGAGACUUCUUCAGACUGAAUCCUUUGUACGAGUUCCAACAGCUAUCAGCGACAUGCACUUACUUCACAGGUUGCCCAAUAAAUAGGAUGCGUGUUGCUAUCGCAUACGAUCUCCCAGAGAUGGUCGUUAAUCACAAGAAGCUGGUAGAAAAUUAUUUGACGAAAGCAGAAAAUGAUAUUCCACUUCCGGCCAGAGUUUCAUUGCAAACUUGUUAA